AUGCCACCCAUAUACUCCGAAGCCUCUGGCAAGUUUAGAAUGCCUCCAAUCAAUAGCAACAAGAAGGGCCUCACUCAGUCCAUCCAUAACCCACAGGCCGCCGAUGACUGGCAGUUGCGGCCAAAGCAUUUCAUUGUCCGCGAGGGGGGCGCCAUCGUACCUCUCAUCCCCGUAGACCUGCUACCCACGUACCUCAAGAUCCACGGCAUAUCACGUACAAUGAGCAUCGAGGACACGGCCGGCAUGUCCAACUUGGGCAUAUUCCCGCAGCCGGAGGGUCAUUUUCAGUUAUACCCCUUUCGCCGACCAAUGUCAUACCUGGCAGCUCGAUAG